GAACGACGAGUUCGAGGAGGGGGAAAUUAAAGAGGUCUUUCGUGCAGAGGAGUAUAACGAGAAUGCGGCUAAGGGAUGCGAGCGAUAGGGUCCAGAGAAUGCUGCAACGCUGCUUAGUGGGAGACGACCACCUUUUCGUAAGGAGAGAAGUGGGGAAUCCAAGGAGAGUCGUCUGCGGUAGGGACCGUCAGAUUGACGUCAUAGCAGCGCUCCAUGACGGUAUUUCAGGAGGGCAUCGAGGGGUACAAGCUACGUAUGCCAAAAUAAGUGAGUUGUACUACUGGGAUGGGAUGAUGGACAUGGUCGGGAAGUUGUGCCGAUCUUGCGUACCCUGCCAGGAGAGAUUCCGUUUAAGGCAAGGAGAGUCGCUGCAUCUAAGGCUAGAGCGAGAGGUGGGGGCUGUAGUGCAUUUCGAUCUACUUUUCAUGUCACUUGGGGAUCAGGGCUAUAACUAUAUCUUCGAUGCGCGCGAUAACCUGUCUGGCUUCGUAGACGGGCGUGCUAUUCGCACAAAGAUCGGGCCAGUCUUGGUGAGCUGCAUCGAGGAGUACUAUCUGCGCUAUCCUUUCGUCAGGGAAUUCGUAAUGGACAGGGAAUCGGAAUUUACCUGGCAGGAGGUGCAAGAAUUGUUAUCAAGGUCUAACUUUACGAAGACAGCCGUGCCAAGAGGAGGGAAGGGGACACGGCCGCCUCGGAGGCCGUUGGGCGCAUCAGGAGGAUAUGAGCGGCAUGGGCCUCACCAUAGGGAGAGCACUCCAGAGUACGAUGGUGACGACAUCGAGCUAUUCCUGGAAAACUCCUGGGAGCAUGCGCGGCGUAUGGGCUGGACCGUGACCCAGGGGAUUGAGAGGUUGAGACGAGUCGGCAAAAUCGAGGAGUCCGUCGCGCGGAUCCGUAGGGAGGCGACGACGAGGUUAGAGGUGGAGUUGAGGAUGCAGGAGUUGCGACCCUCGCCUGUAGGACCUGAUGGCGGGCCGAUCCGCCUGGAGAUCGGGAAUGCGUCGGACUUCAUCCCCGCCUUUGAGUGGUUCAUGCAGGGGCAAGUGGAGUUCCAUCRGUUUACCGAKGGUGGACUGAGGAGGUCGCCAGCAUGCACACAGGAGGAGCCGCCAACGUSUGAGGGGCCCUUGAGGGAGUUGGAGGUGCAUUUGGACAUCUCUCGGUGGAGAGCGUCGCCUCAGGGUGAGGAGCAUGGAAAGCAGGCAGAGGCGGUGCCACGAGAGGAGGUGCCACAGGAGGAGGUCCAGGAUACUCAGCRAGAGAGAGGGUUGGGCGAUGAGGGGAGACGUGCAGGGAAGGAAGUGAUAAUGGUUGAGGAGGACAAGCCCCCUCAGAYGCUUGUGGUGGGUUUGAGACUYGGGGAUGCACCAGGKAGCACUCGCCAGGCAGGAGAGGGUUUGCAGGGAGAGGAGGCUCCAUUGCCUUCAUCAGAAAAAGCUCCUUCGCCCGAAGGAARAGCAGAAAGAAGGAGAGAGAAKGCAGCUGUAAGGAGAGAGGCCUUGACYCUGAUUGACAGRCAUCUAGCACCUCAUGCCCUGGAGCACCCAGACCUGGCGGAGCCAGCACCUGCAGAGCCUCGCCAGGAGCAGCCCGAGAAGGAGGUGGAGGCAGAGAUCCCGAAGAGGGUCGACCUCCACACGAGGGAGAGGGCGCCAGCUGGAGAAACAGUUGAAGAAAAGAGGGCGACAAGGACCAGGAGGAUAGAAGAGAUAUGGCAAGAGAGGCAGAGGUUGGAGGCGGAGGGGGCACUUCCGGAACAGCAGUAGGAAAGGCAAAGAUCGGAGGCAGCAGAAGCGCUCCCAGGUCAGCCACCCAGCGCGCCAGCUAAGGCCCCGGAAAUCCCAGAGAUGUGGAGGGACUUUUAGGAACAGAGAGGAGAGGAGCUUCCUUCGCCAAUCAGAGCCGGGUUUGGGAUAGCAAGAAAGGCGGAAGAAAGAUUGGAUCGCAAAAUCAAGUUCCUGGCCAAGA